AAGUUGGCACGGCCACCCUGGACUCUAAGACACAGUCAUCUAGUGAUAAAUGGACUAUGCGAGGAUGAGCUCCUUCCUAGAUUAUUCAGGCUUAAUCAACACAGAAUCUGGGACUUGCUCUUCCAGAGCCUUUCACCCUGAUCAUGGAAUUACAACUUUCCAAUCUUGUGCAGUCAGUGCCAACAAUGAUGAUCGUUUUAUGGUUGGAAGGGGGGUCCAAAUAAGUUCCCAUCAUCACCAUCCUCACCAGACUGGAGCCUUCCAACACCACAGCAAUUUGGGGAUGUCUUAUACUCACCCUAGCUGCACUGCUGGAUAUGCUCUGCAGAAUUUCACCAGUGGGUACUCUCAUUUCCCCAUAAAUCAAGAAGCAGAUGUCAGUGGAGUAUACCCCCAGUGCACUUCAGCUGUCUAUACUGGCAAUAUUACAUCUUCUGUGGUCCAGCACCAUCAACAUCAGAGCUAUGUGGAAAGUGCAGCUGGGUCAGCUCACUACAUCCAUCAUUCUUAUGGAGCAGAGCAACAGAAUCUUCCGAUGGCAAGUUACAAUAACAAUGUGGCCAGCAUUCAUAUCAACCACCAGGAAGUGUGUCGCUCACCUUCUGAUGAAAUUUCACCUCCUGCGCAAACUUUUGAGUGGAUGAAAGUGAAAAGAAAUCCCCCAAAAACAGGUAAAGCUGGGGAGUAUGGAUAUGCAGGCCAACCAAACACAGUGAGAACCAAUUUCACAACUAAACAGCUGACAGAGCUGGAGAAAGAAUUUCAUUUCAACAAGUACUUGACAAGGGCCAGGAGGGUAGAAAUAGCAGCUGCUCUGCAACUUAAUGAGACUCAGGUGAAAAUAUGGUUCCAAAACAGAAGGAUGAAGCAGAAAAAAAGGGAAAAAGAAGGACUUCUUCCAAUAUCACCUUCAACCAGCACAGGAAGUGAUGAAAAAUCAGAGGAACUUUCAGAAAAAUCCAGUUCUUCUCCUUGUGCUCCGUCUCCUGCAUCAUCUACCUCUGACCACCUCAAUAACUCCAACUGA